AUGGCCGACGUACGCGCCCUCUUACGCCAACAGCGCGCCGCGCGCAGAAUCGAGCACCCACACGCUGCCUACACCGACGCCGGCAAGCUCGUCUGCAUCCUCUGCCGGGAACACGUCAAGACCGAAGCCCUCUGGGACGGUCACAUCCGCAACACCGGCCACCGUCAACGUCUACAAGCACUCCAACAGCAGCAACAAUCACAAAGUGAAACCCAGGGAGAAGAAUCAAACGAACACAAGCGCAAGCUCGACGCCCAAGAAGAUGACGAAGCCACCUCCCCCAUCUCUACCGAUGAAACCGACCGCGCAUCCAAGCGCACCCGCCCCAACACCCUAUCCCCAGAACCAAGACCGGCACCUCCAAUCUCCAACCCAGAAGCGCCUGCCCUUACCCAGCAAAAAUCGUUCACCCCAACAGCCGGUAUCGAACUCGCCAUCCCUUCACGGCCAGCAACACCAGCAGAUGCCACCACGACGCCUAAAUCAGCUGGCGGACCUCUGCGCCCCUUCUCACAACUAUCUGAGCAGCAACACUCGCACCCACCAACUUCCCAGCCAACCUCCACUUCCACGCCCGCCCCGGCCCCAGUCUCAACAUCAGCAGACGCCCCACAAGCACCACAAGAAGCACAGGUAGACGACGACCUCUGGGCCUCCUUCGAAGCGGACCUUCUCGCUCCCCCCAGCAAUUCAGCCCCCUCCAACCCCUUCGCCGCUGCAGGCGACGCCGUUAUUGCAGCCGCACCCGUCUCAGCAGCAGAAGCAGCAGCAGCAGCCAAAUCCUACGACGAAGAGCAAUCCCUCCGCCAAUCAGCCAAGGACCAUGAGCUUGAAGACGAGCGCGAAGAGGCGACGAGGGCGUUGGAGACCGAGUUUGAGAUUAUGGAGGAGUUGGAGGCUAGGGCGAGGAGGUUGAGGGAGAGGAGGGAGGCUUUGAGGGCUGGGUUGAAGGUGGGUGGUUCUACUCAAUCUGGGACAGGACAAGAAGAUGAAGGGAUAAGGGUGGAAGCUGAGACGACGGCAAAGCCCGUGGGAGAUGAAAGCGUUGCUGAUGGUGCUGAGAGUGCGGCAAAGACGAGUGCGGCUGCUGCUGUUUUGGCGGCGUUGGGGAAGGAGAAUUCUGUUCGGACGACAAAGGGGAAGGUAGUGGACGAGGAGGAGGACGGCGACGAAGAUGACGAGGACGAUGAGGAGGACGAUUGGGAUGGAUUCCGAUUCCGCGCUUAG